AUGUUGAUACGGCUCUAUUUUUCCGUAUUCGCUUUUUUCUUUUCUUCGGUGCUUGCUCAAAACCCGUUAGUAAUAACAAAAUAUGGGGCUGUCAUUGGGGCAUCGUAUCCAACGCCGAGUGGAGUUGUCGUCUCUGAAUUUAUCGGAGUCCCCUUCGCCGCACCGCCACUCGGGAAUUUACGAUUUGAGAGACCUAAGCCACCAACGCCUUGGACAACCCCACUGAAUGUCUCUACGUAUGCCCUUGAUUGUGUCCCAUGCAAUUUGGACUGGGCUGAGGGUCCAUCGUCUGAAGAUUGUCUCUAUCUCAACAUUUGGACACCAUCUUUGAACAACUCCAAUUUGCCAGUAGCUGUCUGGAUUCAUGGAGGCGGGUGGGGCACAGGGACGGCACAAAUGGAGAACAAAAGGAUUAGAGAGAUCUACGGCCAAAACGGGAUUGUCGUUGUGAGUAUUGCGUAUCGAGUCGGUUUCUUUGGCUUCCUCACUCUCAACAACACCGCUCUGCCCGCUAAUUUGGGACUGUGGGACCAGAAUUUGGCGCUGAAAUGGAUUCAGGAGAAUAUUGGACGAUUUGGAGGUGACUCGAAAAGGGUAACCGUUUGGGGUCAAUCAGCCGGCGGUGCUUCAAGCGGACUGCACUCGUUAUCCCCACAUUCACAAGGCCUUUUCGCGCAAAGUUUUGAGCAAAGUGGCUCACCGAUUUCUGAUUGGGGAAGAGGCAACCCGACAAUGCUCCAAUUCAGCACCGACACUCUCAACAAGCUCGGUUGCCCGACGAGCGGAGAUAUUAAAAGCUGCCUGAAAGGAAAAACCCUCAACGAACUGCACACGGCUGUUGGAGCUUGUGUGAUUGGAGACGAUAUGAGUUUUCUUGCACUUACUCCACUCGUCGAUGGGGAUUUCUUCACGGAACAACCUGAACAAGCUAUCAAACUCUACCCA